UACGUAUAUGUACUGAGCAAGUUGUUAAAGUAGCUGUUUGGACCGGACAGAAUACCACUGUAUACCCCUGCACUCUAUUGAUGUUUUUAACCAUUGCUCACGGGUCGGAUGAGCAAUGACGGUUCACAACUUCAAUGUAAAGGAGUCCUAUUAAGGUUGUCACAGUUUUUUGUGAAGAAGUCAUGUGUCAGAUGGGUGGGAUUCCUGUGUUGACUGUAAAACCAUGGAGAGCCCUCUUUGAUGAGAAGUUCCAUGUGGUUGUGGGGAACUUACCACCGACACAGGAGGUCACACUACAUUCUUUACAUCAGUCUGAAGACACAGACUACUGGGAGGCGUUUGGGCACUAUGUCAGUGAUGCUCAGGGAAGGGUCACAGUCUUCAAGGAUCCAUGUGUAGGGGGAACAUAUGAGGGUGUUGAGCCCAUGGGUCUGUUGUGGAGCAUGAGACCAAUACCUGGCAGUAGACCGGAACUCAGGUUGAGGAAGAAGGAGGUCCACACUCCCAUGGUGGUGCACAUCUCUGUGUACAGGGGACACAUGAGUCAGGGUUUCGGGGAGCAGGUGGCCCUGGCGAGUGUCGUCACAGAGCGCUGGUACAUGGCCCCCGGAGUCCGCAGGGUCGACAUCACAGAGGGAGGGGUCACAGGUACCCUGUUCCUGCCACCAGGUCCAGGACCCUUCCCCGGAGUUUUAGACAUGUGGGGAGGUGGUGGCGGCCUAGUGGAAUAUCGAGCUGCUCUCUUGGCAUCCCAUGGCUUUGCUGCCAUGGCGCUACUUUACGUCUUCCCAGACCAAAAUAAAAAUGCUACCAUUGGCUACCCUUACUUUGAGGCUGCAUUCAGACUACUGCAGGAUCACCUUCUAGUGGCCGCUGACAGAAUUGCGCUGCUUGGCCUUUCCCUUGGCGUUACAGUGGUUCUAUCCAUCACUGCUUACUCAGAAGCUGUCAAACCUAGAUGUUGUGUGUGUAUCAGUGGCAGCCAUGCAUGUCGAAUUGGAGCCACCCAGUCCGUUGAGGAAACAUCUCAGGGUAUACACAAAAAAUAUGCAAAGGCCCGUACUGAUGAGGAGAAUCGCAUCAUCUGGAGGGACGUUCUUUUACCUAUUCCAGAAGAUAUAGACCUGAAAGUAGAAAUGGGGAGGAUAACAUGUCCUCUGCUGCUGGUUGUUGGACAAGAUGAUCAGAAUUGGGCUGCUGUCGAAUCAGCUGAUGAUAUGAAGCAGAUGAUGGAGAGAACAGGAAACAGUCACCUGCUGACCACUCUGUCCUACCCUGGAGCUGGUCACCUGAUUGAACCUCCGUAUGGUCCCCACUGCAGGUCUUGCACCUUUGUGUUGCAGCCAGGCCAACAGAGAGUGGUCAUGCUGUUUGGAGGCCUCACCAAACCUCACGCCGUUGCACAGGAAGACUCAUGGGAAAAGAUUCUAGGUUUUCUGCAAGAGCAUCUCUGUCACAGUGUCAAACCCCAUAUGCAGUCCAGAUUGUGAGCAUUGUCUUACGUCAGAUGGUAUCACUCCUACGCAACGCUCGUCCCUCAACCGAUCAGUGCAGGCGGAAUCACUGCUCUAUCUUACAUAAGAUAAUGGACUGUGAGGUAAUUAACAAUGGACACCAUGCAGAUCAGACAAAGAAAUAAACAAAGAUAACUGUUCCUGCCCAGAUGCUUAAUGAUUACACCAAACGGUAUCAAUGGCCUCAUUGUAUGAUGUAAGCUCUGAUAUAAAUGCCAUUUGUUUAAGUACGUAUUUUUUGGUAUGUAUUUUUCAUUUGAACCACAUGGUUGGAUUAAAAUGUGUUUGGUA